AGUCUGGACUGAAAUCACUGUUAACUUCCCUCCCCCCCGGACCAGUUUGAAAAAGAUUUCGCCUUUGCAGUUGUCGUGGGUAAAAAUACAACAAAAAAUCAGCUCUAGUUUUAUCCAGUGAAACAUCCCUCGGGCAGCCAUGGGGCUCACCAUCUCGUCCAUCUUCGGGCGGCUGUUUGGGAAGAAACAGAUGAGGAUUUUGAUGGUCGGACUUGAUGCUGCUGGAAAAACGACGAUCCUGUACAAACUGAAGCUCGGUGAAAUUGUGACCACUAUCCCAACCAUAGGUUUCAACGUGGAGACGGUAGAAUAUAAAAACAUCAGCUUCACGGUUUGGGAUGUGGGCGGCCAGGACAAGAUCAGACCUCUCUGGAGGCAUUACUUCCAGAACACGCAGGGUCUCAUCUUUGUAGUGGACAGUAACGACAGAGAAAGAGUCACCGAGUCUGCAGAGGAGCUCACCAAAAUGCUUCAAGAAGACGAGCUGAGAGACGCCGUUUUGCUGGUGUUUGCCAAUAAGCAGGACCUUCCGAACGCCUUAUCGGUCAGCGAGCUGGCGGACAGACUCGGCUUGCACGGCCUUCGCAGCAGAACCUGGCACAUCGAGUCCACCUGCGCCACCCAGGGCACCGGGCUGUAUGAAGGACUGGACUGGCUGUCCAAAGAGCUGUCGAAGAGCUAAAGAAGGACGGGCUAGACGGCAGAGGGAGGCUGGUCAACACGGGACGUGAGCGAAGACCCAAACAUUCAAUCCAGAACCGCUUUGUCUUUUAGCACCAAUGUUUACAAAAAGAACCAGGCUGUUGGGACAGCUAACUCAGCUAUAACGACCUCUGUUUUUGCUUUCCAGUACAAUUUCUUUCUUUCUUUUUUUUUUUUUUUGCAUAGUCGCUCCUUUUGCACUCUUGCGUUUUCACUUCCUGAUGGUGAGUAGUUUUAUUUUUUUAGAGAUUUCAGUGAAAGAAAUGUCUUCAGAAUUUUGGGCAUUUUGGUAAAGGUCGACUCCCGCAAGCUGUUAAUCACCAUUUCCCUCUGUUGUUGUUUAAUUUCUGAAUAGUUUUCUAUUUUACUUCGCUCCUCUUUUGUAGGUCUGUGGCUUGAUGAUUAAGUGAUUUGCUAAUAGUAAACCACAGUUGCUCAUUGCCUUAUUGCAUGAAGUAAAGCUCCUCUUUGUGACGCAUCUAUGUCUUUUUUUGCUUUUUUGCAAGACAAAGUUAUGUAAUUCUCUGCUUUGUGCUGCAUUAUACGCUUUGUUGCAGCAGAACCACGCCACUGUGAGCAUAGAUGGAUAUCUUGCAGAUUGACUUCCUCAUGAAUCCGGAUUUCACCGUGUUCAAUUAUGUGUGAAGUUGUUUUUUUGCAUGCUUUGUUUUUUUCUUUUUAAAACCAGCAAAGUUUUUCUGUCCUCGAACAGAAAGUAGCUUCAGCCAAAAAGAGGAAGGAAGUGUUUUCUCAGUGUUAACACAGGACCUGGGACAUUGCAACGCUGUGAAGUCCCACUUUAUUUCCCCCCUCUGUUUUUUUUUUUUUAUUUUUUCUAUUCAGCAACAUGUAAUGUUGACUUUAAUGUACUGUGUACCAAACACUGUAAUGUACUCUGCUUUCUCUUUAAUAAAACAACAUACUGGCCUAUCGGUUUAUCUUAGUGUACAUUCCAGCUUUGAGAUAUUUAUCUGUCUUUACAAAAAAAGCUCUGAAUAAAGCCACUGUUACACUAA